AAAGUUGUGUGCCUGCCGGGGGGAAGGCGGGCAGCGGAGGGAGGGGGAAAACCACCACCCCAAAGUGCUUACACGAAUUUCCCAGCGCUAGACCUGCCUCCGAGAUCAGCCCAAUAAGAGCUGUCAGGGGAGGCUCCCGGCUCACUUUUCCACAUCGCUUCACAGUUACGUUUGGCAGGCAGGCGGGCACGGCAGCGCGCUCAGCCCCGGAAUUAGCGGAUUUAUUUGGAAUAUCCCUGCUCUCCUGGAGACGUGCGGCUGCCGCCGGCUCGUGCGAAGGGAGAAAUUAAUAACUGCACUCCGGCAUGCAGGCACAGAGACCCGGGAAGCCCGGCAAGCAGCGGCUCCGCCAGCAUCGGCAGCCUCGGAAAGCAUGAGAAGAAAAUCUGGAGCACCCUGCCUGCUCCCGGGGACCGGCUGAUGGCUUUUUACCUCACCCUUUCCAUCCGUGCGUGAAGUGGCUGUGGGCGAGCGGCUCCUCUGCUCCUUGAAAGAGAAUCUUUAAUGACUGGAAAACUCAAUGGAUCAUGUUUUUCUCAUCUAAGCUAUUUUUACAUUGACUGUGCUGUAAACACAUGGAGGAGCUGUAAGUAAAUGUUCUGUACUGCGUGAUGAAUUGGAUUGCUACAGUCUGGAGGAAAGCAAAAUAAUAAUAAUUUCAUUUUUGUGGUGAUUUGCGUAGCGUGUGGUACAAUGCCAGAAAGACUAACGGAAAUGCUCAUGGAUACAUGGACUCCAUUAAUAAUAUUAUGGAUUACUGUCCUUCCUUCCAUUUAUAUGGCUCCAAUGAAUCAAUCUCAAGUACUACCAAGUGGAUCCAGUACAGGACUAAAAAGGCUAAAUGAAGAACAAAGAGUUUUGCACCGUUCCAAGAGAGGCUGGGUUUGGAAUCAAAUGUUUGUAUUGGAAGAAUUUUCUGGACCUGAACCAAUCCUAGUUGGCCGGCUACACACAGACCUGGACCCUGGCAGCAGCAAAAUCAAAUAUAUCCUGUCAGGAGAUGGAGCUGGAACCAUCUUUGUGAUCAAUGACAAGACUGGCGACAUCCAUGCCAUGAAGAGGCUGGACAGGGAGGAGAAGGCUGAGUACACCCUGACAGCCCAGGCCGUGGACAGGGACACAAACCAGCCCCUGGAGCCCCCCUCAGAAUUCAUCAUCAAGGUCCAGGACAUCAAUGACAACGCUCCUGAGUUUGUGGAGGGCCCCUACCACGCCACGGUGCCAGAAAUGUCUGUAGUGGGCACCUUUGUUACUAAAGUAACAGCUACAGAUGCAGAUGAUCCAGUGUAUGGAAACAGUGCCAAGCUGGUUUAUAGCAUUCUGGAAGGACAGCCUUACUUUUCUAUUGAGCCCCAUACAGCUAUAAUUAAAACAGCUCUUCCCAACAUGGACAGAGAAGCCAAAGAAGAAUAUUUUGUGGUCAUCCAAGCAAAGGACAUGGGAGGACAUAUGGGUGGACUCUCUGGAACUACAACAGUGACCAUUACCCUCAGUGAUGUGAAUGACAAUCCUCCUAAGUUUGCACAGAGUCUCUAUCACUUCUCAGUCAUGGAAGAUGUUGCUCUUGGUGAACCAAUAGGAAGGGUGAGAGCAAAUGACCUGGAUAUUGGAGAAAAUGCCAAAUCAUCGUAUGAUAUUAUUGAAGGAGAUGGAGUGGAUGUGUUUGAGAUCACUACGGAUGCCCAAACUCAGGAUGGCAUUAUCAGAGUGAGGAAGCCACUGGACUUUGAGAGCAAGAAGUCCUACACGCUGAAGGUGGAGGCAGCCAACAUCCACAUUGACCCUCGCUUCCUCAGCGGGGGCCCCUUCAAGGACACGGCCACCGUCAAGAUCGUGGUGGAGGACGCUGACGAGCCCCCGGUCUUCUCCUCGCCCACCUACCUGCUGGAAGUACAUGAAAAUGCUGCUCUCAACUCUGUGCUGGGGCAGGUGACGGCCCAUGAUCCCGACGUGUCUUCCAGCCCUAUAAGGUUUUCCAUUGAUCGCCACACUGACCUUGAGAGACAGUUCAACAUCAAUGCAGAGGAUGGGAAAAUAACCCUGGCAACACCCCUGGACAGAGAAACCAGCACAUGGCACAACAUCACUAUUGUAGCCACUGAAACCAGGAACCACAGCCAGGUGUCCCGGGUGCCUGUUGCUAUCAAAGUUCUGGAUGUGAACGACAAUGCCCCUGAGUUUGCAUCAGAGCACGAGGCCUUCCUGUGUGAGAAUGGCAAGCCUGGACAGGUAAUUCAGAUUGUCAGUGCUGUUGACAAGGAUGAUCCUAAAAAUGGGCAUUAUUUCCUGUACAGCCUUCUUCCUGAAAUGGUCAACAACCCAAAUUUCACCAUCAAGAAAAAUGAAGAUAACACCCUAAGCAUCCUGGCCAAGCACAGCGGCUUCAGCCGGCAGAAGCAGGAGGUGUACCUGCUGCCCAUCAUCAUCAGCGACAGCGGCACGCCGCCCAUGAGCAGCACGGGCACACUAACCAUCCGCGUGUGCGGCUGCAGCAGCGACGGCACCGUGCAGUCCUGCAACGCCGAGGCCUACGUGCUGCCCAUCGGGCUCAGCAUGGGCGCCCUCAUCGCCAUCCUGGCCUGCAUCAUCCUGCUGCUCGUCAUUGUGGUGCUGUUUGUGACACUAAGAAGACACAAGAAUGAGCCUCUGAUCAUCAAAGAUGAUGAAGAUGUGAGGGAAAAUAUCAUUCGCUACGAUGACGAAGGAGGUGGAGAGGAAGACACAGAAGCCUUUGACAUUGCAACUUUGCAAAAUCCAGAUGGAAUUAAUGGAUUUUUGCCUCGUAAGGAUAUUAAGCCUGAUCUUCAAUUUAUGCCCAGGCAGGGUCUUGCACCUGUUCCUAAUGGUGUCGAUGUUGAUGAAUUUAUUAAUGUAAGGCUUCAUGAAGCUGAUAAUGAUCCCACAGCUCCGCCAUAUGACUCUAUCCAGAUUUAUGGCUAUGAAGGAAAAGGGUCAGCAGCUGGUUCCCUUAGCUCCUUGGAGUCCUCCACAUCAGACUCAGACCAGAAUUUUGACUACCUCAGUGAAUGGGGUCCUCGCUUUAAAAGACUCGGAGAACUUUACUCAGUCGGAGAAAGUGACAAAGAAACUUGACAGUGGAUUACAAACUUUUUCCCUGUUGACUUAAUGAUCAUGUAAUAUUCUAGGGCCACUGCUGUUAGUUAAAACUAAUGUGGCUUUUUGUUUUAGAGGCAAGUUUAGCGCCAGUCAUCUAUAAAAUCAACUACAUUGUAAUGUUGAACCAAAAAAAAAAAAGUAUAUGUUAGGAGGUUAAGUCUUGUGGAGUGUGAAGUAAAGUAUGUGGAGUGUCUAGAAGUCUUUGGAUAUUUGAUAUUCACUUGACCACUCUGAAGAUGGAGAUUUGGAUCUUUGAUUAUCUUCAGUGAAUUGAAAAGAACAAAAAAAGAAAUUGGUGCUCUCUUAGGAAAUGGACUUGCAGGGAUUUGCUGUUGAACAGUAGCUCCUGCCCAGUAUGUGUAAAGCUAAAGGUUUGUUUCUGCAUUGCCAACAAAGAUCCCGCCACAGAAAUGUUCAAAGCAAUAUCUUGGUCUUCUUAGCAAUGCUGAGCAGAAAUAGCAUUGCCAAUUCCUACUGGCUCCUACUGUGCAGUGACCAUCCAUUGUACAUACAGUAAUUGUUGGCCACGCCACCACAGACUGAAUAUCAUCUUUAAAUAUUGUGUCAAGCCUUAAAAUAUUCACAUGUUCUUAAUCCAUUCCAGUGAUGGGUAAUAAAUACUACUAAUGUGUAGAGCUUCAGAGGCAGGGCUGCAAAACCUUGCUUCACAAAAGGAUCUUUUUUUCUAGAAGAAGGAUCAACCCUGUGCUUCGUCUUCUGAAAGAAAAAACUGUGAAAUGGGAUGGACUUACAUAAAUGAAAGAAUUGCUGAUUUUAUUGCUAAAGAUCGAAUUUAUUUGUUUAAUCUUUGAAAUAAAUAUUUUAUUGAUGUCCAUUACUGCUUUUAUUUAUUAAGACUGAUAAUCUAUAGAGUAAGAUUAUGAAGAAAACUAAAUUAUAUCAGUUAGAAUUUUUUUUUCUAUAUAUAAUGAAUGUUUCAUACAUGUACAUUUUGAAAAGAAAAAUGACAAAUUGUUGCAGGUUAAAGCAGUUCCCUGUCCAUUUGCAGUAGCUGAAUUUUAAGAGAAUGCUGGCAGGAAUUAAACAUUGCCAGAGAAAACUUUUGACAGUUUUAUAUCUUCAUAAAUCUAGUACCUGGUGUUUUUAAUACAAGCACAAACAGCUGGAAGUAAACUGGUUCAUGUGAAUAUUUAAACUAUAGACUUUUAGAAAUCCACACAUAACACAGUACAGUAAAAAAAACAUGCUUAUAGUUCUCCACUGUAUUAGAGCAGGAACCAGUGUGUACAUAAUUUUACUGCUUCUGUUAUUAGCAUUUUUUUCUAUUAUAUUCAUAGUGAUGCACCAGGGCUCUUGCACACAGAGAAAGAACACUAGAAGCUGCAAGCAUACUCAAUUUGUAAUGCAAACUUGCCAUUUAGAAGUAGCAAUUGUAUAAGAAAACUACGUAUUACAUGCAAAUCAUUUUAAUUUUCUACUUUGUUUUGAAGCUAUAUUAUUGUUUGUUUAUUUACUCCAUGUAUUGUAUUCAGAGAAACUCCUGUAUUGUUUCCUACUUUGUGAAAUAUAUUUUUAUAAAUACUUUUCUUGUUAUUGCUUUUCUUUCAGGUUUACCUGGGCACUGCAGAAAUGAAUCUGCUGGAAUAACUUCAUAGUUUUUUGAGGAAUGUAGUUUCUUCAAAAUCAUUUAUUUAUUAGUUGAAUACAGACAAAAUAAAAACCAAAAAAAGAAAAAAAGGAGAAUAUUUGAAACAAUUUUUGACAGUGAUUGCAGAAUUUUGACAGUGAUGAGAGCACAGGAGUUAUGAGUGUCUGAUUCACUGCACCAUGCAGAAAAAUAACCUGAAAUGAUUUUUGUUUAAACAUUGCUGAUUAAAACAACCCACUGACUUAAAGUUCCUCAAUAGCACUUAUUCUACAAAAAGUUCUUAACACAUCACCCCCA